AUGGCAACAGAAGAUCGUGACAGCGUUAUAGCUAAAGAGUUAGAGGACAUCCAGUCUAGAGUGCCCUCUAUUGAUGGUUUGAAAUUGAUAGCGUGUGUACCUAUGUUGGUUCAGGCUAGCAUUACUAAAAAUGAGUUUAAACAAGUAACAGCCAAUAUACAGUUUCCUCCACGCUACCCUCACGAACCAAUCAUGAUACAGAUGAAAUCUCGCCGUCUGGAACAAAAAUUUACUGAUAAAUUGGAGAAAAUCUGUGAGGACGAAGCAAAGAAAUGGAUCGGGGCAAGACAGGUGUUGGUAAUACUCAAGUUUAUUCGGACGUUUUUAGAGGAGAAUUCUCUGUGUGUUUGCAGUGAGGAAAUAGUGUAUAUAAAACGUGAACUCAUUAAGGACUCAGAUGAGAUUAAACUCAAACAAAAAACUUCUCAAAUAUUUUUGAAGAUUAACCAGAAUAAUUAUUUUAUGAAUCUAACAGUCGAGGUUCCUGAUAUAUACCCUAAACAACAAAUCAAAAUAGAAUUGACUGAGACAAACUUUCCUGAUUUGUUACGUGUAAAUUUUAUUGCUCAGGCGAAGGAACUGGCUAGACAGUGUGUUACUCCACCUUUACUUAAAAACACCAAUCAGCCGUUUGAAGUGAAACCUUCGUUAAAAGUUGUGUGUAAUUAUCUAAUUAAAGAUUGUGUAAAGCGUUAUCCUCUAGAAAACUGUCCUAUUUGUAAAUCUUUUGUUUUAGCUGAAGAUCCCAAGAAUGAAUUAAAGGGACGUAAAAAUCAAAUAGAAAGAGUUUACUGUGGUCAUUUAUUUCAUAAUGGUUGUCUAGAUAAAUAUAUGAAGACCCCUCCGUUUGUGGGAGGUAAAAAAUGUCCAGCCUGUGAUAAAAAGAUUUACCAUGAAAAAUGGCGGGUGUCUGCGGAGGUGAUGGAAAAUCGCUGGGCUCAUAAACAGGCUAAACAACGCGAGUUGGAGGAGGUCAAGGACUUUAUGAACGAUUAA